AUGAUUCCCAUGGACCCUGUGACCAUUCUUGUCUCCGUGGUUGUCAUUCUUUUCUUGGUCAAUCUUUACAACAAUCAGAAGCAGCAGAAAGGCAAAAACCUCCCCCCAGGGCCCAGACCGUUACCUCUCAUUGGAAGUAUCCAUCUAAUUGAUCUAAAGAAGCCUCAUGUAUCCUUCAUAGAGUUGUCCAAGCAGUAUGGCCCAGUGUACACCAUCCAUUUGGGUAUGUCAAAGAUGGUUAUCAUUUGCGGAUAUGAUGCUGUAAAAGAAGCUCUAAUCAACCAGGCAGAUGAGUUUGCUGACAGGCCGAAGACGCCGUUGUUUUAUAAGAUCCAAAAGGAUCAUGGUAUCGUCUUUUCCAAUGGCGAAAGCUGGAAGGCAAUGAGAAGAUUCACUCUAUCCACUCUACGGGAUUACGGAAUGGGGAAGAAAGGUAUAGAAGACAAGAUUAAUGAGGAAGCCGAACACUUAGUGCAAACAUUUAGAUCCUAUGGAGGGAAGCCAUUUGACAAUCGGCUCAUCCUUAAUGCUGCCGUGGCAAAUAUAAUAGUUUCCAUGCUGCUGAAUGACAGGUUCCAAUACGAUGAUCCCACCUUGAUAAGACUCAUGAACCUUGUUACUGAAAACAUAAGACUAAUGGGGACACCUAUGGCCAGGCUGUACAACAUGUUCCCUAAGUUGAUAGAUCCUCUGCCAGGAGUCCACAACACAAUUGCUGCAAACACGGAACAAAUGCACAAUUUUAUGAGAGAAACAUUUACCAAGCAGAGGCGCGACCUGGAUGUAAAUAAUCAGAGAAAUAUUAUUGAUGCUUUCCUGGCAAAACAGCAAGAGGGAAAGCCAGAAUCUACUCUGUAUUACCAUGAUGAAAACUUAACUGCACUGGUAGCGCAGCUUUUUGGUGCUGGGAUGGAAACUACAUCCACCACUCUGAGAUGGAGCCUCCUGAUCAUGAUUAAAUAUCCAGAAAUCCAAAAAAAAGUGCAAAACGAAAUUGAAAAAGUUAUAGGCAUGGCUCAACCUAAGCUAGAGCACAGGAAGCAAAUGCCUUAUACAGAUGCUGUUGUGUGUGAAGUUCAGCGUUUUGGGGAUAUUGCCCCCAGUAACAUCCCACAUGCCACGUCUUGUGAUGUCACAUUCAGAGGAUAUUUAAUUCCGAAGGGAACCAGUAUUCUCCCAGUGCUGUCCUCCAUUUUGAAAGAUGAAACUUACUUUGCCAAACCUGAUGAGUUUUACCCAGAACAUUUUCUUGAUGCUGAUGGGAAUUUCAAGAAGAACGAUGCAUUUCUACCCUUCUCAGCAGGUAAGAGAAGUUGUGCUGGGGAAAGUUUGGCCAAAAUGGAGCUUUUCCUCUUCUUUACUACAUUGCUGCAAAACUUCACCUUCCAGGCUCCCCCCGGGACUGUUGUGGACCUCACUCCUGCACUGGGGUCUACAAAUGCUCCUUUAUUUCAUGAAAUCUGUGCUAUACCCCGCAGCUGAAAUGAUAAUUUGAUAUCACAAUGGUGUGUUUCUUCAUCUGCACGACAGGACAGAUAGCAUUAUCUGCAUAAAAAAUGGUGUGAAAUGUCCAUUUUUUUCAGUAGAAGACAAUGUUGUG